CAUCCCACACCUUCAGAGUCUACAACUUUGAGCUAUUUAACUAGUGAAUCAAGUGCUUUUCAGUGAAGUUCAGUGUGUUUCGUGACCAGUUCAAAAUGCAAUUAUCAUCGAAUCAGAGGUUCUUGAAAUAUGGCGCCUUUCUCUUUAAUUUCAUCGUCCUGAUCGUUGGACCGACACUCUUGGCUCUGUCUCUUCGCGUCCUCUUUGAUCCCGAAUUCACGCACUUGUUCUUUCAAGAUGGCAAUUAUUAUGCGGGACACAUUCUAGUAGCCAUCGGGGCUCUGAUGACAGUUGUUGGAAUUCUCGGCUGCAUUGGAACAUUAGCAGAGAACAGCUGCCUACUCUGGAUGUUUUUCGCAUCGAUGGGCGUGUUUCUGAUUGCUGAAAUUACCGGAGGUGUGCUCAUUUAUCACCAGCAAAAUGAAUUACAAAACGAUGUUCACAACUCUAUCCGAGUGGCUGUCGAACGCCAUUACGGCAAUGACGUGACCGACAGUCUCAAACUCGACGUCAUUCAAGAAGGGUGGAAAUGCUGCGGAACGACGGGAUACAAGAGCUGGUCUCGUUCUGAAUACGGGAAACGACCGAUGUCUCGUGAUUUCAUCGCCACCGGCGCCACCUACGUGGUCCCGAAAUCCUGUUGUAUCGACCAAUCGUCUACCGAUUGUGAUCGAGUUUCAUUCUUGGAGGGAAUUCGUGGUGAAGAUCAAUCCAAAGUUCUUUACCAAGAGGGAUGUGGUAAGAAAUUGGUUGAGGCUAUCAGCACGUACGCGAGAUACACGUUCGUGACAAUCACAAUCGUCGCAAUUGUUCAAAUUGUUGCAAUGAUUUUAACUGCCCUUUUCGCUGUGGCCAUCCGACGUGGAGAUGCUAGUCGUUUCACAUCGAGACAGGGUCUCAAUUCGUCCUACGCUUCAGCGCCAAUGUUAUCCAAUUCUUUCUUAUUUUCUAGUGCCGAAUCAACUGAUACGAAAAGGCAUUUUAAUGUGUCGUCAUCAUCUGUCAGUGCGUCACGAUCUUCUCUUAAUUUGGAACCUGUCAUCGUAUCUAAAGGAUCAUCGCUUGUUUAAUUUCAAUCUAAUUUAAAUAUUUGA